UGCAUCCCCCGCCACCUCAUUCCAAGCUUUCAGCGGCCGCACCUAUUCAAAAUUGCAUCCCCCUCUCUCUCAACAUCGAACCCUAAGCCUCUUUUCACUGUUUCUAUUCACUGGAAUUAGGGUUUCGCUCUCCACCAGAGGCAUCCUUUGCAUCGGGCCUUCUCUGUAUUCCUCGCUCUCUCCCCGUUUUCUCUCUGGCAUCUCCUCUGUGCAUUGGAUUCUAUUUUAGGGUUCCUCUCUGUCUCAUGGAUGCUUCCCCCUCCUCCUCAACUCCCUUCUUCCGCUACUGCUACUGCCGUUUUUGUCGCUCUUGUCGCUGCCUCUGUUGCUGUUACUGUUGCUCCGAACCUUAAUUUGCUAACCCUAAUAGUGAUAGCCCCUCAAGCGUCCCUUCAGUUUCAGGAGAAGUCUCAAAAUCCUCGCCGUAACCCUAGAAAUGGACAUAUCUGAUACACGCUCGAACCUCUCUCUAGGGUUUAAUGUCCAUUCCAUUUCUGACAGACCAGAAGCCUCUGGCCCUGUUCGAACCCCCAUUGCUGAUGAUUCAAUUUGCUUUCAACUCGAUUCGAGCUUUUCCAAUGAUCAGUCAUCGAAUUCUGCUUCCUCGAUACCACUGCAGCUGCUUGAGCAAUCUGAUAACGGCAAUUCUGGCACUUGCGUGGAAGAAACAGAACUGGAAGAACAGAGAGAAGAAGAAUUCAGCAUAUUGGGUUACCCCAUGUGCUUGAAGAGAAGAAGAGAGAGGGAGGGCUCUGUGGUUUCUGCUCAGAAAAGGCAGCAACAUGAGCCAUGUUCAUCGUCGCCUAUGGAUUUAGAAGCCAGGAGAAUGGCAGUUAGGGCUUGGGGAAAACAGCCUUUAGCCACGAUUGAUCCUGACUUAUGGGCUCUCAUGGAGAAGGAGAAGCAGAGACAAUGGAAAGGGAUCGAGCUCAUAGCUUCCGAGAAUUUUGUGUGUCAAGCUGUUCUAGAAGCUUUAGGGAGUCACCUUACGAACAAGUAUUCUGAGGGUUUGCCUGGUGCUAGGUAUUAUGGGGGAAACCAAUUCAUCGAUCAAAUCGAACUGCUCUGUUGUGAAAGAGCGCUAGCUGCUUUUCACUUGGAUUCUGAGAAAUGGGGUGUUAAUGUUCAGGCCUAUUCUUGCACUUCUGCAAAUUUUGCAGUGUAUACAGGCCUUAUUUUGCCUAAAGAUCGAAUCAUGGGCCUUGAUUCUCCAUCUGGUGGUCAUUUGAGUCAUGGGUAUUACACACCUAGUGGCAAAAAGGUCUCUGGUGCUUCGAUUUUCUUUGAGAGUUUGCCUUACAAGGUGAACCCACAUACUGGGUACAUUGAUUAUGAUAGGCUUGAAGAGAAAGCUUUGGAAUACAGGCCAAAGAUACUGAUUUGUGGGGGAAGUUCGUAUCCUCGAGAAUGGGACUAUGGUCGUUUUAGACAGAUAGCAGAUAAGUGUGGCGCUGUAUUGAUGUGUGAUAUGGCCCAUAUCAGUGGUCUUGUUGCUGCAAAGGAGUGUCUGAGUCCUUUUGAUUAUUGUGAUGUUGUUACCUCAACGACUCAUAAGGGCCUUAGGGGUCCAAGAGGUGGAAUAAUAUUUUUCAGGAAGGGGAAAAAGCCAAGGAGGCGAGGACUUGCUCAUUGUCAAGGGGAUGAUAAUGAGUAUUAUGAUUUUGAGGAAAGGAUAAACUUUGCUGUUUUUCCAUCAAUGCAAGGUGGGCCACACAAUAAUCACAUUGCAGCUCUUGCGGUAGCGUUAAAACAAGUUGCUACCCCUGAGUACAAAGCGUAUAUGCAACAGGUAAAGAAAAAUGCCCAGGUCCUAGCUUCUGCUUUGCUGAGAAGGAAAUGCAGAUUGGUUACCGGUGGCACAGACAAUCAUUUGUUAUUGUGGGAUUUACGGCCUUUGGGAUUAACAGGUAAAGCCUAUGAGAAGGUAUGUGAGGUAUGCCACAUUACUAUCAACAAAAGUGCAAUAUUUGGGGACAAUGGCGCUCUUUGUCCUGGAGGAGUGAGAAUUGGCACUCCAGCGAUGACAUCCAGAGGUUGUAUUGAGGCAGAUUUUGAGGUUAUUGCUGAUUUCCUUCUUAAAGCAGCACACAUAGCAAUCGCUGUGCAAAGGGAUCAUGGGAAGCUUCAGAAAGAUUUCCUCAAGGGUCUUCAAAACAGUCCGGAGGUUAUCGACCUCAGAAACCGUGUUGAGUGUUUUUCUUCACAGUUUGAGAUGCCUGGUUUUGACACCCAUGUGUAAAUUUGCAGCCUCAUGAGAUUGUUGCAUAUCAUGUAUACAGAAAGGACUCAGCCAGAAUUCUUUGUAAGCGGUUUCUUAGCUUUUCAACAUCAUUAGGUGUAUCUGUAUAUUUUUGGUUCAUUAUUUUGUCUAAAGGAAUCCCAAUAUAUACUUAUCUGCACUUUAGGAAUCGUACCUUUUUAACAGAAAUUUAAACCUUAUGGUGGUAUUUGAUAUCA